AUGUUAUGUAAGACUUGGCUCAAUGCACGGAACUUAUUUCAUGCCUUGAACGAGUAUGCCAUCUCAUUGCUAAACUACUACGUUGGCCUGAUCGAAUUCGAGCCGAGUGAGUACGAUGAAAUGGACCUUAUUGUCCGAAGAGUACUCCGAGAGAAUCAUGUCCACGUGUUGGCAAGCAAUAAGGAGAGAUUGUACUUGUCUCGCGGGCAGCUAGGACGUGGACUGAGUAACAUCGUACACUUAAGUGAGCGAAUUCUUACUAAGAUGCACGACACCUUGUGGAGUGGGUCGAGUGUAUCCCAAAGGAAGGCUGCCAUCCUUGCUGCUGAAAAAGCGCGUGGUACACACCUAGGAACCAUAAAAGGCUAUGUGUCGGCUAAGUAUGGUCUAGGUGCUACCCAAGUUAAUGUGAAGGAGUUGAUCAAACUUCAAAAGGAGUCUUUAAUUAAAAAGAUCAACUUAAAAGUCCUUCACAAGACUCUCUUUAGCAGCCUGGACAACCCGCACACAUUGACGUAUCGUCGUCAUCUACGUGGCUGA